UCCUGCAGCUCACCAAGGGGAUCCACGGUGGCUUCCUGACGUCCGCUUUAAGGAAGUCCGAAAGUUAGCCUUCUUACCGAUUGACUUUGUUUUUUAUCCGGUAGACUGACUCGUGAUGUCUGGCGAACAGAGCGAAGGCCAGGAGGCUAUGAACGUAUACUCUGUAACCCUCAGCGGCCCCGCGCCUUGGGGCUUCAGGCUGCAGGGUGGCAAGGACUUCAGCAUGCCCCUCACCGUGUCAAGGCUGACCCCGGGUGGGAAGGCAGCUCAGGCUGGUGUCGGGGUUGGAGACUGGGUGGUGUCCAUCAGUGAAACCAAUGCAGAAGAAAUGACCCAUGUGGAGGCACAAAACAAGAUCAGAGCAGCAACAGACUCCCUCACCCUCACCCUCAGCAAAGCUUUCAAAGCGGGUGGAGACCAGAAGGAUUCACUUGCUCCGGCGUCUGUUCUGCCAAAGUACUCCUUUGCCCCCAGCACAACCAUUAACAAGAUGGCGCGGCCAUUUACAGCAGGUGGUGGUAGUGCCAACUCAGGACCUGCUAUUAAACCUGUGGCCUACUCCCCUAAACUUAACACCCAGAGCUCACAGGGCCGUGCCAGUAUGCAGCAGCCACAGAAUGGGCACGGCCUCAGGGUGGAGAACCUGCCCUGCUUUAUCCCCAACGACCGCAGCAAGAAGAGGCUGAUCCAGGACACUGAGGACUGGCAGCCCCGCACUGGCACCACCCAGUCCCGCUCCUUCCGCAUCCUGGCCCAGCUCACAGGCACCGACUUCAUGCAGGACCCAGAUGAUGAAAUCAUGAAGAGGUCCAGGGAAAAGUUCCUCACUGAGAUUCAGAGUCCCCGCUAUGCCCGUCUGAGGGAUUGGCACCACGACAGGUCUGCUCGCGCCCUCAAUAUCAAAUCCUGAGCGACAUCCUAGACGCCAUGGGAUGCAGAGCCCAGCCAGAGCCUGCUAGCGAUAGCAACACCGCAACGACUACGUGACAAAGACGACGAAGAUAGCCGACUGUACAAUGGCAGUUAACAAAUUCACCUUUUGGAUACAGAUGGGGUGAAAAAGAAGUUUGAGGGAAAAAAAGAAAGAAAAGCAAACCAAAAAUAGAAGAAACAUAGCCUAGAUGACAAAGCCCAAAGUGGAACCUUGCAUACUGAGCCUAAGUGUAAGAUCUCUUUCUGAAUCUCUGACUUGAUGAUUGUAGACAACCUUGUGGACCACUGUGUCUGUGGCCCUAUUUUCCAUUUCACACUGCGUUACUUGGAGUUAAGCGGUGGGAAGGUGGAAAGGGGGGGUCUCAGCAGUGGGACGCGCCUUUCUGUUCGUUAUUCUUCUUUUGAAUGUGAAGUUCUAACCCUCCUUUGAUCUCUUUCUGUGUCUCUCACUCACUCUCUUCCAUUCAUCCUUUAGUUUUCAUUUGUGAUCCCCUCAUCUCGUAGGCUUCUCCAACCAUUAAGAACGAAAAGGAAGAUAAAUCUGUACUUUUGUUUUUUUUCUGCUGUCAUCAAAAAUAUAAAACAUCUGAAAAAAAGCAAA